AUGGGACAUAAUCAUCUGCAUCUCCACCGGCGUCAAGAUGAUGGCCAGGGCGGUCUGACAACAAUCAAUGGCGUUGUCUACUCGGUCACAUAUGUCACAGCCUCUCCCACGUUUGAUGGCGUUAUUGGCGGCUUCACAACGUUGGACCCGGAUACUCCCACAGCCUCCGCAGCCCAGAACACCGCGACAGCGUCCGCCAGCAACAACAUCGCAGCUCCUGCAAGUAUACCGAAUGCUGCUACUGCCGGUCCUGACACCACCUCCUCGUCUGCCAGUCUUCCGCUCGCGGCCCCAACCGAACGUCUGAGCACGAGCCUCAGCUCCAGUGCGAGCCCUUCGAGGGCUUCGAACGCUGCAGCAUCGGCCACCUCUUCUACGUCAACUUCUAGCUCCUCGACAAGCGAUCCCGGCAUGUCAACCGGUGCGAAGGCGGGGAUUGCCAUCGGUAUAAUUGCUGCUAUUGGCUUGAUUGCUGCUUUGGCCCUGUUCUGCAUCGGCAAGAAGAAGAAGCAACAAAGAGAGCAGGAAGCACGAGACGUAGACGAGAAGAAGACCUUCGGCGCGACACGAAAUGCAAUCAAUAUGCAGAACAGCCCAGCAAUCAGCACUGCUGGCCCGGCUCCUCGUCUCAGCAUUCGUCCCAUGUCCCGCAAUCUGCUUGGCGAUUUUGGCUUCGGUGGUAACAGGAGGAGUGCUGGUAACAUGCUCAACACAGUAGCAGAAAACGGACCUCGCUCUGGCUCGCCAGGACCCCAGAACCGUGCACGAACGCCAGUCGAGAAUCCUUUCGCAGACCCAAAGAACCCCUUCGCCGAUCCCGAGAAGGCUGGUCCGAUGGGUGCUCCUAUGGGUGGUCCGAUGGCAGGCACUGCCAGAAAAGCGGCUCCUCCUAUGGCACCACUUGCACCACCAACAGCUCCCAACACAGAUCGCAUUGCUUUCACAGGAUCUUGGCCUACCGCACCUGCCGGCUACGAUGCCCCAACUGCACCUCAACUGCCACCACAACCGAAGCCGCUCGCUCUGCCACCCAAGCCGACUCCAGCACCGAUUCCAGCACCUUUGCCGACUGCUAGAUCCGAAAUUGACUUGCCCAUCAUGGGAGCAACACCUUCCCUAGCCCCAUCCUCACCAGGCAUGUCCGGCGCGGCUGCCCUUGGAGGCGCUGCUCUGGCUACAGGUGCUGCAGCCGCGGUCAUGGCCAACAAGAAGAGCGAACCUCGUCCUGACCAGAACCGCCCGGAGCCCAAUGAGGCACCAAAACAACGCCCCAUGGAGCAGCCCAGGCCAGAACGCAAUGAAGCGCCGCGUGAGGCGCCCAAGGAUGUGCUGCCUUCUCCAGGACCUGCUCCAUCUCCAGCAUUUGCCGCUGCCAGCGGCCCUCCAGGCUCGCCGAACCCAAGUGUGGCAAGCAGCGCGGCAAGUCAGCAGGGUGGCAAUGUCUACCGCGUGCUCAUGGACUUCGUACCCUCCAUGGACGACGAACUUGAGCUGAAGUCUGGUCAAUUGGUCCGCCUGCUUCACGAAUAUGAUGACGGAUGGGCCCUCUGCAUCAAGCUCGACCGCUCACACCAAGGUGUUGUCCCACGAACAUGCCUCGCUGCCAAGCCGAGCAAGCCUAAGCCAUCCCAUCUCGGCCAGUAUGCUCGCGGACCUGGUGGCAAUGGUCGCGACAGCCCAGCUGGUGGCCGCCCACAGUCUCCUGCAGGUGAUCCUCGCGGUCGCAACAGCCCCGCUAUGGGUCGUCCGAUGUCGCCAGGUAUGGGUCGCCCAAUGUCGCCUGGCAUGGGCGGUCGUCCAAUGUCUCCAGCAGGCGGUCGAGGCCCCAUGCGUCCCAUGUCACCAGCUGGCGGGCGUGGACCAAAUCGCGGUCCCCCUAGAGGCGACCGUCCCAUGAGCCCAGCAGGCUCUUACAAUCAAGCCCCGCGACCUCUCUCCCCAGGUCCCAUGCGUGGCCCAGGCCCCAAGCGAAGCCAGUCCCCUGGUCCGUAUGGUGCAGCUGGACCUCUCCCUAUGCCCAGCGCGCCUCAACGACGCCGUAGCAACUCUGCCAGUGCGAUGGGCUUCCAAGACCGCCGCAUGGCCCCUUCUGGACCGUCUAGAUUAGGUCAGGGUCGGCCGAUGAGCCGGCUGGCAUGGGUAUGGCUAUCUAAUGAUCUGCGAUGA